AUGGCAAAAAAAGCAGAAUAUUUUUCCUGUUUAGAAUGUGAAAGGAAUGCAUUGCAAGAACUGUCAGAUCUCAAAUCACCUCAUAUUCCAAAAAUUAUUCUUCAUAAUGAGAAUACUCUUGUAAUGACUCCGCUUGGUGUAAAAAUUCAUAAUUUGCAAAAGGAGGACAUUAAUGAUAUCAUUAAGAUCCUUGAAUCAACGCAUUCAUUAAAUUAUGUACAUAGAGAUCUUCGUAAAUAUAAUUUUAUCUGUGAUAAAAGUGGAAAAAUAGUUGUUAUUGACUGGGGAUAUUGUAUAAAGACGGAUACAGAUUAUGACUCGUCAUUUGCAGGAGCGUUGAAAUGUAUGCCAGAUGAAGUCCUGUCAUCAAUAAUCAAAAAGAAAAAAAUUUUUUAUAGUCCAAAAGUUGAUUUAGUAUGUUUGGUGCGUUCAUUCUACUUAAUGCUUCACAGACCAUCGUUGACUGGAGUUCCCUUUAAUAAAAAUGAUUAUGAUGAUAUCAGUAUACAAGCACAAUAUAUUUUAAAUUUUUGGAAAGAUUGUGGAAAAUCAGAUAUAUGGAGAAAUAUUUAUAGUGCAAUUGAUGAUUUAGACUAUAAUAGAUUAAUUCAAGAGCUUGAAAAGUUAUUUUAG